UUCGAGGAGCACAAGCAGGUUGGGAGGCCAAACAGCUGUUUGAAAGGGCUAGUGGUUGCUGUGUCAAGGAUACGUCGAGCCGUGACCACUCUUGGAGCUUCGCCGCCCGAGUCGUAGCUCGUUCAACACGCCUUACAACACGGUGGAAAUUUGAACGACAGCGCGCGGUGGCUUCUUUCUCUGCAUCCUUCAGCAGCAGUCUAUCGCCCAUUAGAGCGGGCACUGCUGUACUAGCAGGCAUCACAACCAAGGGGCUCUGUGACGGCCAUGCCAACAGUUGCGAUGGAGGUUGACAAAGAAAACCAGGAGAUGGUAGCAGGCGCCUCGGGCGUCGAAAGCAAGGCACCGGUGCGCAGCAAGGGGGUCUCCGCCGACGAUGACCGCGAGGCCUUCAGCCCCGACCUGCUGCGCAUCUACUACGCCCGCCUCUUCCCCUACGAACAGAUGUACCGAUGGCUCGGGUACUCCAACAUGCCGGCGUCGCUACCCGACUCGUCGGGAAAGCCGCAGCCCGUCGACGAGCAGGCGGAUUUCUUCUCGAAACGAGAGUUUUCCUUCACCAUCGAGGACGAUGUCUACAUCCGGUACCAAUGCUUCGCGGACCAGAAGGAGUUUGAGCAGCAGGUGCAGCGGAAGCAGCCCCACAAGAUCGAUAUCGGGGCCGUCUUCACUCUCCCUCCCAAGAACCACCUCGCGGUCAAGCCAGGGGCGUUUCAACCGGUAGAGCGUGAGCUGGUGUUCGAUAUCGACUUGACCGACUACGACGACGUGCGGACGUGCUGCUCAGGCGCGAAAAUCUGCAAUAGAUGCUGGUCCUACAUGACCAUGGCGGUGGAGGUGAUGGACGUCGGGCUGCGGCAAGACUUCGGUUUCAAGCACAUCCUUUGGGUGUACUCUGGCAGGCGAGGGGUCCACUGCUGGGUGGCGGACGAUGCCGCGAGAGCAUUGACCAACGAGGGCCGCGGUGCCGUGGCGGACUACUUCGGCGUCGUCGCCGGUAACGACAACCAGUCCAAGAAGGUGAACGUCUCGUUACCGAUACACCCUUCUCUGCGGCGAGCGUACGAAACAUUGGAGCCCCUGUUCCUGGAGCACAUCGUCACAGAGGAGGGGCAAGGACUGCUGUCGGACCCAUCACAUUGGGGGAAGCUGCUGGCAACGGUGCCUGAGGAUGUCAGGCAGACUCUGGAGGGCAGGUGGAAGAUGGGAGGUUCCUCCCCGGCGGAUAAGUGGGAGGAGCUAGUGGAAGAGAUGGAGAAGAAGGGCAGGAAGCAGCAGCAGGCGGCGAAGAAGAUGAAGCCGGCGGACAGACCGCCCACGCCGGAGCAGUGGCGGUACGAGGUGGUGUUCGAGCAAACGUACCCCCGACUCGACGUCAACGUGUCCAAGGGCCGGAACCAUCUCCUUAAAAGCCCCUUCGCGGUACACCCCAAGACUGGCCGCGUGUGCGUUCCGAUCGACCCGGCCCACGUGCGCGAGUUCGACCCUUUUACGGUACCUACACUGGGCCAGCUCCAACGUCAGAUCGACAAGUACGACAAGGAGCACGGGGAAGAGACUAAGAGCGUCUCGUCCAUCAACAAGACGGAGAUGAAGAAAUACGUGCAGAGGUUCGAGGACACCUUCCUCACGGGCCUCUACAAGGGCAUCCGCGUCAAGAAGAGGGACAGGACAGAGCGUAUCGCCGCAAUAACGACCGACUUUUGAUUUUUGGUUGUUGAUGUUGUUGCAACAUUCACCGAGCUACGUGUCAUUCGGUCGGUACUUCCUUUCGUGCGUGUUAACAGAGAGGUACCAGCCCAGAAACAGUAGUAGACGGCAACACCCGAGUGAUGCUACUGCUGUGGAACCGUAAAAACAUGUCUCCGUUUUUUAGUGGUUCUCCGCCAGUCUCGUAUCAACGAUCAGAAGGUCGUAUUUCAUCUCACGAUCGACACUUGAAAAGAUGACCCUGCCAGUAGACUGGUCUCACAUCAAUCGGCGGUGUUUGGGUUUGGGUUAAGGAAGGGAAUACGAUCAAGUCGGCAUGCGAAAAGUGUUGAAACGAGAAUGCUGCUGUCAACAGUUCUUUUAGCCAUGGUGGCAAGCACCUUAGAAGUCGUAGAAACACUCCUCGGGUAAAGCUACACAGAGCGCGUGGCAAAUCAUAUUCCGACAUGGAUACUACCAAAUUC